AUGUGCCGCCUCUGGGCGUUCGUCUUCGUCACGCUUUAUGGCGUCGAAAGUAUAGCAAUCGUAAAUGGUCAAUCGUCGGACGGCGGAAGUCAACCAGGUUUAGAUUAUCAGAAAUUGCUGGCAAAACUGGAAAUUUUGGACACCAAAAUUACUCGAGUAGAAACUGCAUCACGAGAACAGUUUUCACUGCUUGAAUCAAAACUGGAUAAAAUCUUCAAACAAGUUGAAAAUAUCAGCUGGUCGGUGCAGUCUGUGCAGACGGACGUGGAAUUUGUUAGAAAGGAAAUUCAACAAUUCAAAAACUAUUCACGCGAGCAAUUAAACGCGCUAACGGGUAGUGUGGCCAUCAUUCAGUCGUUGCUAGUCGAAGGUCGUCGCCAAAAAGACGAACUGCGUCCUGUGAGGGGUGAAUCAUCAUUGCAACGAGUUGAAACACAACCGAAGCAAUUUCUACCGACAGAGCUGAAAGUUUACGACAGUUGCGAUGUGGCUCCAACGAAUAGAUCACAAAUUGAGAAACUUCAACCGGAAGCAGGCUUUGGCGAAGCUUUUUUGGUACUAUGCGAUCAGGAGUAUGAAACGGGAGGAUGGGUGGUGAUACAGAAUCGCUUCAAUGGCUCGGUGGAUUUCUAUCGUGGCUGGAAAGCGUAUAGGAACGGGUUCGGAAAUUUGAACGGAGAGUUCUGGCUCGGGUUGGACAAAUUGCACGCGUUGACUUACUCUGCUCCCCACGAAUUGCAUGUGCAGUUGGAAGAUUUUGAAAACCGCACUGUGGUAGCGAAAUAUUCCGGAUUCGCAGUUGGAAAUGAGCAUCAAUCUUAUGCUAUUACGAAACUGGGUGACUACAGCGGCACGGCCGGAGAUGGACUGAACUAUCACCGGGAAACUAAGUUCUCGACCAUGGAUAUGAACAACGAUUUGCCGGGAAACAAUGGAGCUGUUGAUUGGACUGGUGCUUGGUGGUACCGGCGCGGUCAUCACAGUAAUCUAAAUGGACAAUACCUGAGAGGAGCAGUGGAUUACACCAAAUUCCACGGAAAAGGUAUGACGUGGAAUCCGUUCAGAGGCUACGAUUAUUCUUUGAAGCGAUCUCGAAUGAUGAUAAGGCGGGUUCUCCGUAAUGAACUCUAG